AUGUCCAAGACCAAGGCCCGCUCCCACUUGUUGCAGUUGGUGGAUUCGGACUCAGACGACGGAAUUGGAGGUAGCUCACUUGGGGCCACGCGACAAUCGAAAGGAGUGACUACAUUGACACGAACAGCACCAAUCUCUCAACGCGCGAUGCCUCCAAAGAAAGGAAAGGCCGGUCGCCCAGCCGCGAACCGCGUUGCUAAGCCGACGCCAGCGACAACAGCAGCAACGCGCAACGCGACAAAAGCAGCACCAGCGAGGAGCACGACACGCGGGCGCAAGAGAGCCGCACCAACCGACGAGGAGGAAGACGAUACGGAAAUGGCGGACGCGCGUGACCCCCCCGCAGCCGAGCCACCAGCAAAGAAAGCCCGCGGCCGCCCAAAGAAAAUGACCGCCGAGGCCGAGGAGCCAAAAACAACCGCCGGCGCGCGGCGAGGACGGAAACCGACGGGGAAGAAACCCGACCCUGAUACAACGGCUGAGGAGGUGUCCGAAAUUCCCGAGACACAGCAACCGGAUGAGGAGGAGAGCGACCUACAAGAAGAGGAAGACGACGGGCCUGGGAAUUCGCCUGUUGCGCAAACUCCAGAGCGCGCAAAACCGGGGCGCGGGAAAAUCGGCGCCCCAAGCAGCGCAUUGAGGAAGACUUCACAAAUACCGUCUCCAGAAAAAGGCGAUCCAGCACUACGCCGUCGUCUUGGGGAAGUGACGCAAAAGUUUGAGAACCUGGAACAUAGGUACAGGGAUCUUAAAGAGGUCGCGGUGCGUGAUGCAGAGCGCAAUUUUGACAAGCUCAAAAAGCAGUCUGAAGAAAAGUCGAAGGCGGCCGACCAACUCAUCGCCAGCCUUAAAGCCGAACUCGCCGCACAAAGAGAAGCCUCAAAGGAAGCUAACAACCUCAGAAAGCAGCUUGACACAAGCAAAUCCAAGGCCGAGACCCUUCAAACUGAACUCACAGCCCUCGCCACCUCCCUCAAUGACUCUAAAUCGGAGAUCAAAUCCCUCAACCUCAAACUAUCUGUGGCGCGCAACGCCGAAGCCGCGGCCGCAGCGGCCGCAGUAACCGCCUCAAAUAAGGUCCCGGGGAGCGCGAUGAAGGGCUCGACAGUGGCUUCUCGACUGGCGGCGACCAACGCCUCGGAAGCGACACAGGCUGCGCAGAAGAAGGAAGACUUGUACGGCGAUCUGACGGGUUUGAUCGUGCGAAGUGUCAAGCGAGGUGAUGACGGCUUGGACAUGUUUGAUUGUAUUCAAACUGGGAGGACCGGGACCCUACAUUUCAAGCUAUCCGUCGGUGUACGGUCCGAAGACGGGGAAGCCUACUGCAACUACACCCCGCAACUGGACUCCAACCGCGACCAUGCGCUGAUCGCUGUGUUGCCUGACUAUCUUGUCGAUCACAUUUCGUUUCCGCAGGCGCAGGUCGGCAAAUUUUAUACACGCGUCCUUAACGCAUUGAAUGGGACUGGCGAGGUGUGA